GGAAAAAUCGCAUUUCAUGGUGCCUAGUGGUAAUGUGCUUGGUCAUGUCAUUUCAUCUAAAGACAUUGAGGUCGAUAAAGCUAUAAUUGAUGUGAUUGAACAACUUCCACCUCCUUUGAAUGUUAAAGGAAUUCGUAGUUUUCUUGGACAUGCCAGAUCUAUAUCAGUAUUUUCUGCCAUUUUUGGCAACUCGUUAAGAGAUCUGUGUACUUUAGAAAUCAGUCAGAAUAUAUUUUUCAUGUGUUCAAUAAUCUUGAACUUCUUCAAUGAUCAUAUGCCGCCCCGUAGGGAACCCGCUCAACCGGUUCUUCCUCAGGCCACGGUGGUCGCACAGUUUCGCGACUAUCAUCCUGAGAAAUUUUUUGGGCAGGGAGACCCCCGUAUCGUGGACGAGUGGAUUCAGGGCCUUGAGUUUAUUUUCGAGGUCAUGGAUUGUCCAGACAGAUAUCACGUAAUCUGUGCUCAGCUUCAGCUAACCGGUGAUGCCCGGCUCUGGUGGAAUGCCUACUGGAGCAUGCGUCCCGACGAGAAGGCGGGAUGUACAGUGGAUAUGCUGAAGGAGCUGAUCCGCGAGAAGUACUACCCCACCUACUACAGGGCAGAGAUGGAGCGUCAGUUUCUGUCGCUCAAACAGGGUACUCGGACUGUAGACGAGUACGAAAGAGAAUUUACCAGACUUGCAGCUUUUGUUCCGGACCUGGUUCGUACGGAGGCACAGAGGGCACAACGCUUCAUUGACGGGCUUUACCCAGCAGUCCGUCAUAACAUUGUAG